AAUGAGUACUUUGGCAAUUUCAAGAUGCCCAAUUGUAGUUCGACAUGAUUUCCCAGACGAAAUGAUCAACUAUAUUGACGAAAAGAUGGAUGAAGGACAAUACAAAAAGAGGUUUCGAUAUGAUCGUCCUGACAAAGUAUAAUCAUAUUUUUAAAGGGUUACUAGAAAAAAAGUAAACAAACAAAAUCGAUUCUUAAUAUGAAUUCACAAGAGAUCUUUCAAAAAUUAGUAUCGGGAAAGAAAGAACCAAAAGAAGAGAGGUUUCGUAUCAAACCGAAAUAAAAAAUUAAUACAACUGCGUUGCAUUCUGCUCUUUUGAAAGUGAAAAAAUAAAAAGAGGAGCUUGAUAUAUGUUUGGCUGUAUCAUAGAAUUGUAUUAUUAGAUUGCAGAUAAGGCCAAAUAAUGUGUGAAUGAGAAUGAUAUUUGUAUGUUAGCAAAUGAAGGAGCUGUCCGAUUUAUCAUGUCUCAGAAUCUAGAUAUAGACGAAGCUGCAUUACUAAGGACCAAGAAGGGGAACACAUUCCACCCAAAACCCAAGAAAUCAUAGUCUGUAAGAUAGGUAGUAAUGGAUGAGCCAGAGAAUUUAUUAUCAGUAGAAGGGAGGUCAUACAACAUGGCUGUCUCAACCUCUCUUUGUAAACAUAGACCGACUUCUGCAUUUUCAACCAUGAGACCUGUUUCUUCAACUAAAAAUUAUUCUGAGAAAGGAAUCUCAGAACAUUUGCUUUAGUAAUAUGCUGAUUUCAGAAAUUAACUGUUUGAAAAAUUAGUAGAUAACAACGAGAACUAAAAUGAAGAAGUUCAAAUAAAUGUGGGGUAUCCGUAGUACCUAACCCCAGCUGUGGGUUUGAAAGGCAGCAGAGUUCCUCCUGGGUUUCUACCAAAAGGAUUAAAAAGAAUCCACAGUGCAGCUGCUACUCAAAAUAUUGAAUUCAGACCUUUCAUAAACCCAGGAGAAAUAUUAUUUAAUGAGUAAUAGCAGCAUGUACAGGCUAAACGACCAUAGACUGCUAUGAUUAGUAAGAUCCAAUCAACAAGUAGAUUGAAUGACCAUUUGAAGGUGAUAGAAGAAGUCAGACAUUAAGAGGAUGUAAGAAUGUUUGAUCUAUGAAUUUAUUAGUUGAGUCAAUUGAAAAUGUCACUGGAUUAAUCGUUUAGAGAAUAAUAGCAAACUUUGAAUGUUACAGGCAAAAAAAGAAUCUAAAGUGCCUAUCCAAAAACUAGAAUUUGA